AUGGAAGCCAAUUCCUCCAUCCCUGUAAAUGGAUCAGAAGUUGUGUUCUAUGAGUCUACCACCUCAAGAGUUCUAUGGAUCCUGUCACUCGCGGUCCUCUCCAUAACCUUUGUCCUUGGUGUGCUAGGUAAUGGGCUUGUGAUUUGGGUGGCUGGAUUCCGGAUGGCACACACUGUGACCUCCAUCUGUUAUCUGAACCUGGCUUUGGGUGACUUCUCUUUCCUGGCUACUCUACCACUCCACGUUAUCUCAAUGGUAAUGAGAGGAAAAUGGAUCUUUGGUUGGUUCCUUUGCAAAUUUGUCCACAUCAUAGUGCACAUAAACCUUUUUGUAAGUGUGUUCCUGAUCACUGUCAUUGCCAUGGACCGCUGUGUUUGUGUCCUGCACCCAGUAUGGGCUCAGAACCACAGAACUCUGGCUCUGGCCAGGAAAGUGAUUGUCGGAGUUUGGAUUCUUGCUCUACUCCUUACUGUUCCACAUUUCCUCUUCUUGACUACAGUGAGAGAUGCAAGAGGUGAUGUGCACUGUACAACUAAUUUUGAAUCCUGGAUUCCAACCCCCGAGGAACAAUUAAAGGUUUCUCUUAUGGUGAGCACAGUUACAGGAAUAGUCAGUUUCAUUAUAGGAUUCAGCAUGCCCAUGUCCUUCAUUGUCAUCUGCUAUGGACUCAUUGCUGCUAAGAUCUGCAGAAGAGGCUUUUUGAAUUCCAGCCGUCCUUUACGUGUCCUCACUGCUGUAGCGGUUUCCUUCUUUGUCUGUUGGUUCCCUUUUCAAUUGAUAAUUCUUUUAGGCAAUAUCUGGAACAAGGAGACGCCAUACAGCGUUCACGUGAUGGUGAAUCCUGCAAGCACCCUGGCCUCCUUCAACAGCUGCCUCAACCCAAUACUCUAUGUUUUUCUGGGCCAGGAAUACAGAGAGAGGCUGAUACACUCUCUGUCUGCCAGUCUAGAGAGGGCCUUGAGGGAAGAAUCUGCUAUGAACAUUGGCAAAGCCAGCAACUCAUCUCCACAUCCUGCAGACUCUGAGCUAUAG